UAGGAUCCAAAAGUGCCUUUUGUUUGUUUGUACACUUUGAAAGGGGUUAUGUGGAAUUUAAACAAUAUUUUUCACUUAUUGUGGCUUUGUCCAUAUGAGGAUCUCAGGGAGCACAGUAAACUUGUCAUGAUGUGAAUCUUUCUGGUGAAGAGGACCAGUGCAAAUCCUUCUGCACCACUGAAGUUAUUGGCUCGGAUUCACAAUUGCCUGUGGCCUCUCUAGGCCAGUUUGGUGUUGCCCACCCAAGGGGACCAUAAGACCAUGCAAGGGACCACACGCCUGCCAUGGAAGAGGAGAACUCUACAUUGCUGCCAGAGGGGUCAGGGACAGGCCAGAGGAUCCUUACUAUAGGUUUAAUGACCUGGCCUACAGAUGGAUCUCCUUGGAUAAUUGGACUUACAGCAGGACAUUCAAAGCCCCUUUUGAUGUCAGCAAAUGGCAGAAAGUGAAUUUGGUUUUCGAGGGAGUAGAUACAGUAGCACAAAUCCUGAUCAAUAAUGUCACUGUUGGGAGAACGGACAACAUGUUCAACAGAUAUAGCUUUGAUAUUACCAGUGUGAUCAAGGAGGUCAAUUUUAUUGAGGUCCGUUUCUUAUCAGCCAUUUCAUAUGCAGCAGAGCAGAGCAGAUCUCACAGAGCAUACAGUGUGCCUCCACAGUGCCCUCCACCUGUGCAGAAAGGGGAGUGCCAUGUUAAUUUCAUCAGAAAGGAACAAUGUUCGUUCAGUUGGGACUGGGGUCCCUCUUUUCCCGCUCAAGGAAUUUGGAAAGAUGUUAGAAUUGAAGCCUAUAACCUUUGUCACCUGAUCUACUUCACUUUGACCCCAAGCUAUGUGAAGAGUGCUCAGCAGUGGAGUCUUGAAAUAGAGUCUGUUUUUGAUGUUGUCAGCUCAAAGCCAGUUGUUGGUCUCGUGACAGUGAACAUUCCUAAGUUGCAAACACAGCAAACGUAUACUACAGAACUUCCUCCUGGAGAAGGCAGAAUUGUGCUGCUCGUAAACAUCAAUAAGAGUGCUACAGUGCAGACUUGGUGGCCUAGUGGCCAUGGAAACCAAACUGGAUAUGACAUGACUACAACUUUCAACAUGGGGGCAGGAUACAAGAUUGAGAAAUUUUCGAAGGCUUAUUUUCGAACAGUGGAAUUGGUUGAGGAGCCUAUACCUGGUUCACGAGGCCUGAGUUUCUACUUCAGGAUCAACGGACUCCCCAUCUUCAUUAAGGGAUCCAAUUGGAUUCCAGCAGAUUCUUUCCAAGACAGAGUUUCCUCUGAUAUGUUAAAGCUCAUCUUGCAGUCCACAGUUGAUGCUAACAUGAAUGCACUUCGUGUAUGGGGAGGAGGAGUAUAUGAGCAAGAUGAAUUCUAUGAUAUCUGCGAUGAACUAGGAAUAAUGAUUUGGCAGGAUUUUAUGUUUGCAUGUGCCCUUUACCCAACUGACCAGAACUACUUAGAAUCAGUAAGAGCAGAAGUUACUCAUCAGGUAAAGAGAUUAAAAUCUCACCCAUGCAUCAUUUUAUGGAGUGGAAACAAUGAAAAUGAGGCUGCAAUUGCAGGCAACUGGUUCUCCAUACCACAUGCUGAGAUGAAAGUUUAUUUCAAAGACUAUGUGACACUUUAUGUGAAGAACAUCCGAGAAAUUGUUCUUGCUGAGGAUAAGAGUCGUCCUUAUAUUACAUCCAGUCCAACUAAUGGCAAGGAGUCUAUUAAAGAAGGCUGGCUCUCCCAAAAUCCUUAUGACACCCAUUAUGGUGACACUCACUUUUAUGAUUACCUCAGUGACUGCUGGAACUGGACAGUGUAUCCUAAAACUCGGUUUGCCUCAGAGUAUGGAUUUCAGUCCUGGCCCUCUUUUAGUACAUUGGAAAAGGUCUCCUCUACAGAGGACUGGUCUUAUACAAGUCAUUUCUCCCUCCAUCGACAGCACCAUGCAGCUGGUAACGACCAAAUGCUUCAUCAGGCUGGACUUCACUUCAAGCUGCCCCAGAACACAGAUCCUCUAAAACGGUUCAAAGAUACAAUUUACCUUACUCAGGUUAUGCAAGCCCAGUGUAUAAAGGCAGAAACGGAGUUCUAUCGGCGUAGUCGAAGUGAGAUAACCAAUGGAGAGGGACAUACAAUGGGAUCACUCUACUGGCAGCUCAAUGAUAUCUGGCAGGCCCCUUCAUGGGCUUCUCUAGAGUAUGGGGGCAAGUGGAAAAUGCUCCAUUACUUUGCCCAGCAUUUCUUUGCCCCACUGUUGCCUGUGGGAUAUGAAGAUGACGGCGUGCUGUACAUCUACGGUGUGUCGGAUCUUCAUUCAGACUGUGAGCUGACGCUCCAAGUCCGUGUGCACCAGUGGAGUUCUAUGGAGCCAGUGUGUACCCUUGCUAAAGAGGGUGUGACUCUUAAGGCAGGGAGUGCUGCCCCAAUUUACAAGGAACCCGUAAAUGACCUGCUGAAAAGAUGUGGGAAUUGUACCAGGCAAAGCUGUGUUGUCACCUUCUACCUUAUGGGAAAAGGCGAUCUCCAUAGUCCUGGCAACUCUCACUUCCUAUCUUCGCUGAAGGAUGCGGUGGGAUUGGAGAAAGCACAGCUCAGUGCCACUAUUUCUCAGCAAGGUGACCUGUAUGCGUUUGUUCUGCAGACCACAGCAAUCACUCCUUUUGUUUGGCUGGAUGUAGGGAAUAUACCAGGGAGGUUUAAUGACAACGGCUUUCUCAUGACUGAGAAGAGAAAAGUUGUGGUGUUUUAUCCAUGGGAGCCUAUCCGCAUUGAGGAACUCGAAAAAUCACUCAGCUUGACUUCACUGAUGGACAUUUACUGAGGAAAUCUCAUGUCCUUUAUCGGAAAUGCUUCCUGUAGUGGUAGUAGAAUAGAAACUGGAAAACUUCAAAGGAGUAUAACUAGGGCUCCGUGUUUGUCACAGAGGUCGCAGAAGUCACGGAUUUGGUGACUUUCUGUGACCUCCAUGACUUCUGUGGUGGCCCGUGUGGCUGACCCCAUGGCUGCCCAAGCAGCUGGCUCCGAGGUUAGCUGCUCAGGUGGCCCCAGGGACAGCCACACUGGCCGCUGCUGGAGAGGCUCUGAAGCCAGCCGCUUGGGCCAGCAGCAGCCCGCACCAGACACGUGCCCACAGCAGUGGCCCUUCCCCUGUGGUCCGUCUUUUAUUAAAAAUACCCGUGACUAAAUCUUAGCCUUAAAUAUAACUAAAGAUUAAGAGAGAGAGCAGAUAAAGUGACCACAGAAUGCGUAGCUCACGCUGUCAUUUGUACAUUCCUCACUCUUGGUGUAACGAAACGAUGUCAACAGCAAAACUUACAUAUAAUAUAGAGCAGUGGUUCUCAAAGCCGGUCCGCAGCUUGUUCAGGGAAAGCCCCUGGCAGGCCGGACCGGUUUGUUUACCUGCCGCGUCCACAUGUUCGGCCGAUUGCGGCUCCCGGUGGCCGCAGUUGGCCACUCCAGGCCAAUAGGGGCUGUGGGAAGGACGGCCAGCACAUCCCUUGGCCACGCCGCUUCCCACAGCCCUCAUUGGCCUGGAGCGGCGAACCGCAGCCACUGGGUGCUGCGAUCGGCCGAACAUGUGGAUGUGGCAGGUAAACAAACCGGUCCGGCCCGCCAGGGGCUUUCCCUGAACAUGCAGCAGACCGGCUUUGAGAACCACUGAUAUAGAUCAUAUGUCAAGGGUGAGGCUGCUUUCUCAGGUAACUGAAAAUAUAUAUGUCAAGGGGUUCUGAUGCCUCACUUCCUGGUUACCAGGAUGCAAGUAGGAUCUGUGAUAGUUUUAGAUCCUUGAAUAUCUCUCUAGCCUUAAUUUUUCACAUCUGUGUUUGUAUCCUCUGGAUCUCAGGAGGAGGCGAUACACUUCAAAUUAAUGUCUCGUGGAUUUGUCACAAGCCCCAGAAAAGAAUCAGCACAACCCUGCCGCUCUGGGAGCGGACCAGGGACCAGACAGUGACUCAAGAGUCCCAGUCGGUCCCUGGCUCUCCCCUGAUCUAAGGGAAAAGUCGCCAGUGCGAUUCCUUUUCUUAGUGUAGAUCACUAUCUGCCCCCUACCUAGACACCUGUGCCAGACAGUGUCUUUCUACCUAGACACCUGUGCCUGACCCCGGGAGGCCGCCUUUCCUCUCCAUGCUGCGACCUACAGCUUGGGAGUGAGGGAGAAGAGGGAAUUGUUAACAAAGGCACGGAAAUGAGGAGGAGAUGAGGCUUUGACAGCAACUGAACAGAACAUUUUUUUAUUAUUAUGACAGUAUUUGUCAUUUGAAAAAUUUCAGCUAGUUCUAGUACCCUUGGCCAUAGCAAAGCAGCCCUUCACCUCCCCAAGGAAUCUAAAUAUGGUUUUAUGUGAAGUUCCUGAGGUUUUUCACUCUUCUGUUCUUCAUACACCAUUUUGUACCUUUACCCUGCCCCACUCAGACACGCCCCACAAGUUCAGAAUUCAGCACUGCAGCAUCCUCUGGUGUUUGUCAUAGACUUGAAGGAACACCCCCAACAUGAUUCCAGUGUGUAACACGAGUGAGCAAUGCACUUUGCUGCAGAGUGCUGAGUUAACAAGGGCACUUCAACUUCCUGAGAAGUCUUUGAAAUCAAAGGAGCCUUUUGUGAAGCGUUGGAAUGAAGAGAGGAUCUGCGCUGUGCUCUGUGAAUCCGGAGGGCUUUUGUUUUGUGUGUGUGUAUUUUACAAAAGAGCCCGCUGUAUGUUCCUACAAGUAUUCAGAGGAAACAAACAAUGUUGCAAAUUGAAAUGAUCUGAAGAGCAUAUUUUAAAAAUUUUAAAUAAUCCUUCUAAUUAAUAUAGUUUUCGGUCCUGACCUGUAAUUCAUUUAAAAGUAAAUGUCAUUUGGUUAAGGAUGCGUUAAGCUUACAGCUCACUACAGUCUUUAUUUAAACGUCACUUUUUUUCCCUAUGGCCUAUGUUAUGUUACACAUUUAACUAUUGAUCAGUUGUGGAAAAUAAUAAUCCGGAAAAAAAGCAGCCUUUAACAA